UCAAAUCUCAAGAACUCUUCAUUGGUAUCGGGAAAAUAUGAAGAGCCACGCUCGAGCAGGCCUCGGAGCGACAAGAGGAUGACCUUCUCUCCCAGUGGGAAAGCCCACUUCUUGAACAAGACCAAGCGAACUUCGAAAGUGACUACUAAGUUUAUGAAGAAGAGGAAAUAAUAAGCAACAGAAGAGUAUUGACCAUACUUGAGACAAGAUGGUCUAUCCAAGUCAAAGGGGACAUUUUGGCACUCUGAAUAACCUGGGUAACACCCAGUUCUCAAAGUUUACUCUUAAAGACUAUCCCUCGACUCAUAGGAACAAGCAUAGUAGUAAAACUAAGCCAGAAGGGUCAAUCUCAGAUCUGUCGAACAAAGACUCAUGGAAUUAUUUGAGUAGCUUUAGCAAGAGCAAACCCGCUUACCUCUCUAAUCCAAAAUUUGAGAAUAGAAAGAAACCAAAUUCUAAAAGAAAGAAAUAUAGUGUAUAUUUGACAUCACAGAGCAAGGCUUUGGGAAAGGCAGCCAAGGCGCCUUUUCCAAAGGCUGGCAAGGACUGCUCUCGUAACAAAAAUCUUAUUCAUAAAAAUUCCAAAUUGGAUGCAUCUAAAAGAGUUAAAGGGAAGAAAUCAGUCGAUGUGAGCAAACCAAGAAGUGAUUUCAGCAAAACCUCGAUGUUUAGGAACAUGUCUCCUGUCAUUAAUAGGAAGAUUCUGCUUGAUUUGGCCAAUAUUGCAGGUGAGUUUCCUAUUGAGCAGACUAUCAGAAGCCAGAAAUUUAUUGAAAAUACCCCAGAAAGUAUUGAAAAAGGAUAUUUUUCAGUGAAUUCAGGCUGUAAAUCCAAUGAGUUUCUCACUCAUGAGGAACCAGAGCUCACUCCGGACCCGAAUCUGUGCUCUGAACCUGUGGUCUCCAAGCCUCAAGGCCCAGACCUGGGCCCUUUACUUAAAGAUUUUGAAGAUAUGAAACUGCGUGAGGAAGACCUGAUUCAUCAGCUUCAGGAAGAACGAAACAGAAAAUAUGAACUUGAAAAUACUCUUUCAAGCCAAGCUGCUCAACUUCACCAGAACGAAGAGACUAUCCAGAGGUUGCUUACUGAAGUAGAGACUCUUAAGUUAGAGAACAAGAGCCUUACUUCCAGACUAGACCGCUACCAGAGCCGGCAAGAUCUUGAUCUAACUCAUUUGGAGACCAAAUAACAGACUUUUAACAGAAGCACUUAAUAAGAGGAAUGAAGACGUCAAGGAGCUUGAGAGCGGAAAUGAAGAUUUAAUCCAACUACUCGAGAAAUGAGAUGAUAAGAUACAGAAGUUGCAGGAGAAAUGUAAUGAUUUUGACUAAUCAGGAGCUUACAAAUUCGUAUUCCCUAUGAAUAUUUUCAAUUU